GGGUCUGGGAUUGGAGGCUAUGGGGACCUCGGGCGCGUGGUCUGGACUGCUGUUGCCGCCGCCGCCUCUGGUGCCAGCGGCUUGUGGUUGGGGUCCGGUGUGAAGUCUGGGUGACCGGACUCGCGCGUGGGAUGGGAUGGGCUGGCUGCGGGACCUAGUAGCCUGCAGUCAGCAGGAGUAUGAGGCGGCGUGAUGCCCAGCACACAACUAGGGAUCCGAGCCCUCCCUUCGGACCGAGCGACCCCGGGGGCUGCGUUCCCGAGCUGAGAGCCCCUUCCCGGGCUUGGGAGCUCCCCGACGGCGGGAGGUCCCCAAGGACGGAGUCGAAAGGUCACUUCUUACCUGUCAGUGCUGUGUGACAGCAUCGCCGCUGGACCUGCAGGAUCUGAACUCGAUCCGUAAUGCCUCCUGCUUGCCUCUUUCAAGAUGGAGGGGAAAACUAUGGGAGAGCCUACUCAAGUGGUGUCUAAAGUCAAACUUUCCACAAAAGUAGAAAACCCAGGCCACUGGCUGGUGGAAGAUCAUGCUCGAAUAUGGGAAGUCUUAAAGACAGAAGAGAGCUCGAUUCAGGACUGGGGUGAAGAGGUAGAGGAAGGAGCUGUUUACCAUGUCACCCUCAAAAGAGUCCAGAUUCAACAGGCGGCCAAUAAAGGAGCGAGAUGGCUAGGGGUUGAAGGGGACCAGUUGCCUCCAGGACACACAGUCUCUCAGUAUGAGACGUGUAAGAUCAGGACCAUCAAAGCUGGCACCCUGGAGAAGCUUGUGGAGAACCUGCUGACGGCUUUCGGGGACAAUGACUUUACCUAUAUUAGCAUCUUCUUGUCGACUUACAGAGGCUUUGCAUCGACCAAGGAAGUGCUGGAGUUGCUGCUGGACAGGUAUGGAAACCUGACGGGCCCAAACUGUGAAGAUGAUGGAAGUCAAAGUUCAUCGGAGUCCAAAGCUGUGAUCCGGAACGCCAUUGCUUCCAUCCUGAGGGCCUGGCUUGACCAGUGUGCGGAAGACUUCCGGGAGCCCCCUCACUUCCCUUGCCUGCAGAAGCUGCUGGAAUAUCUCAAACAGAUGAUGCCUGGCUCCGACCCUGAGAGGAGAGCACAGAACCUUCUCGAACAGUUUCAGAAGCAGGAAGUAGAUUCUGACAAUGGACUUCUCAACAACAUCUCCUUGAGCCUGGAAGAGGAAGAGGAACUCGAGAGUGGAGGCUCCAUAGAAUUCACAUGCUUUGCAGAAGACCUCGUGGCAGAGCAGCUGACCUACAUGGACGCGCAACUAUUCAAGAAAGUAGUGCCUCACCACUGCCUGGGCUGCAUUUGGUCUCGGAGGGAUAAAAAGGAAAACAAACAUUUGGCUCCAACGAUUCGUGCCACCAUCGCACAGUUUAACACCCUCACCAAAUGUGUCGUCAGCACCGUCCUGGGGAGCAAGGAUCUCAAGACUCAGCAGAGAGCCAAGAUCAUCGAGAAGUGGAUCAACAUUGCUCACGAAUGUAGAAUCCUGAAGAAUUUUUCCUCCUUGAGGGCCAUCGUUUCCGCACUGCAGUCCAAUUCUAUCUAUCGCUUGAAAAAGGCUUGGGCUGCCGUCCCAAAGGACAGAAUGCUGAUGUUUGAAGAACUUUCAGAUAUCUUCUCUGAUCAUAAUAACCAUCUAACCAGUCGGGAACUGCUGAUGAAGGAAGGAACUUCAAAAUUUGCAAACCUGGACAGCAGUGUGAAAGAAAACCAGAAGCGGACUCAGAGGCGGCUCCAGCUGCAGAAGGAUAUGGGUGUGAUGCAGGGUACCGUGCCUUACCUGGGCACCUUCCUGACUGACCUGACCAUGCUGGACACUGCUCUUCAGGACCACAUUGAGGGUGGACUGAUCAACUUUGAGAAAAGAAGAAGGGAAUUUGAAGUGAUUGCUCAGAUAAAGCUCCUGCAGUCUGCUUGCAACAGCUACUGCAUGAGCCCAGACCAGAAGUUCAUCCAGUGGUUCCAGCGGCAACAGCUUCUAACAGAGGAGGAGAGCUAUGCCCUCUCAUGUGAGGUUGAAGCCGCUGCUGAUGCCAGCACCACGUCCCCCAAACCCCGGAAGAGCAUGGUGAAGAGGCUGAGCCUACUGUUUCUGGGGUCUGACUUCAUCACUGGGAGCACUCCCACCAAAGAUCAGCCCAAGUCUACGGCCAGUGGGAGCUCUGGUGAGAGUAUGGACUCAGUCAGUGUGUCGUCCUGUGAGUCAAACCACUCAGAGGCUGAGGAGGGUUCCAUCACGCCCAUGGACACACCCGAUGAACCUCAGAAGAAGCUCUCUGAGUCCUCCUCCUCAUGUUCCUCGAUUCAUUCCAUGGACACGAACUCCUCAGGGAUGUCGUCCCUAAUCCACCCCUUGUCGUCCCCUCCCACCUGCACCAACAACCCGAAGAUCCACAAGCGCUCCGUCUCCGUGACCUCCAUCACCUCCACAGCACUGCCUCCCGCUUACAAUCAGCAGAAUGAAGACACCUGCAUCGUCCGCAUCAGUGUGGAAGACAACAACGGGAACAUGUACAAGAGCAUCAUGUUGACAAGCCAAGAUAAGACUCCUGCUGUGAUCCAGAGAGCGAUGAUGAAGCACAAUCUGGACUCCGACCCAGCCGAGGAGUACGAGCUGGUUCAGGUCAUCUCAGAGGACAAAGAACUGGUGAUCCCGGACUCCGCAAACGUCUUUUAUGCCAUGAACAGCCAAGUGAACUUCGAUUUCAUUUUACGCAGAAAGAACUCUGCGGAGGAGCGGGUGAAGCCACGCAGUCGCACCAGCCUGACGUUGCCCAGGACAGCUAAGCGGGGCUGCUGGAGUAACAGGCACAGCAAGAUCACCCUCUGAAAGGGACGGUACCCCCCUACCCGCCGAAGGCAGAAGGGGGCCGAGAGCGGCUGUGGUGACUUCUGCCAGCACCAGGGGUUGAGGAUCCUUGGUGACGCCAACAGAUAUUUAUUGAGUUCAGAUGUGUACAAAGCACCAUGUGGGAAGAGUGGAAGUGAAUUUGACAUUAAAAGGAUAAUUGAUUCACUGAAGUUCUUGGACCUGAAAGUAGAAUUCAAAAUGAUCCCUAUUUUAAAAUAUAUAUAUGUAUAUAUACACACCUAUCUGUGUGUCUGUGCGUGUGUGGGUAAAAUAUAGACACACACACAUCUGUGUGUGUGCGUGCGUGUAUGUGUGUAUGUGUGUGUGUGUGUAUAGAUAGAUAAGAGGGACUUUACAGGAUAUUCUGGACUAUGAAAAAAAAAACCAAUUUUUUUUUGCACAAUGGCCUGGGAAGUUGAGGUCACUUUUUACAGGGAAAUAGAAAAGACUGAGGACCUAGUCUCAUGCCUUCCGUGUAAGCAGAAUCAGACGUUCCAGUACAGAGUGCUCUUCAGCCAGUAUUAUAAGCGAAAGCUCUAUUUUUGUAAAGGGAGAGGGUUGCUUUCUCAGUCACGUGCCACCGGAUGAACAAACCGCAGAGGUCGGAGCGGCCACGGCUGCAUGAAAGACCACCAUGGAAAGGUUUGGAUGAGUCAGUGGUCUCGGCCCUCUGCCUGCAUCUGCCCGAGCUUCAGAGGCCUGCGUGCCUUGCUGGUCCCCAUCACAGUGCCUCUGGAGUCGGCACAAGCUUGUUUCAAUUUCUGGAAACCCUGCUGUGUUUCUGCAUCCUCUCGUAAAGAACAGACCACAGCCAUUACUGCACAAGGAGCCUCGGUCUUCCGUAACUUUUCAGCCAGAGGAGAAAGCGCAGAAGAUUGGCGACUCGUUCGGACUCUUCUCUGCCUCAGACUGCCGCUACUCCAUUGCCUUUCUGAUUGCCUUUUGCAUGUAAAAGUGUAUGUCCAGAGACUUCUGCCAUCUGGAGCCUUGUACCUCUCUCUAUGUGCAAUUCGUUCCUCAGGUGUAGGUGUUUCUACUGCGACUGACGACAUUUGAUCAUUCAAGCCGGGGAAAGGUCUCUGUGCAGUGACCUCCCUGUUAAUAACCCCUCAGAAAAUGUCCCCUGCUGAUAAUAGCGACUGGUUUCCUUCUUUCCUUUUGUAGCAUUCCUGUGCCCAAGUCACGGGGAAGGAAAGGGGCCUGUGUAUACUGUCUCAGUCCUUUCUCAAAGAGGUGCAUCUUUCUGGAUAGAAACGGUAAUGCUCUUCCUUUCUCUCCCCCACCCCCCACCCCUGUUUGCUCUCCUAGCAUCCCUGUUAAGGGUCAUUUUUGUCCAUAGAAACACCAUCAUACUCUUGCUUCUGAUCUGAGCUGUGCUGGGAUUUGAAUGAAAAAGCCAUAUGUGGGGAGUUGACACGUAAGAAGCGCUUUCAAAUUGUUGUCCAUCUCCCCUCCCCUCCUUUUUUAAUUCUCCAAAUACCAGUUUUUGUUCCAAAAAAUAAAAGAGAAUGAACCUAGAAUAUGA